AUCACUCAUCUCUAUCAUUUUUCCGUUUCAUACUUUCUCUCUCUACAAUCUCUCUCUCUCUCAUGUCUGUUACACCAUAAAGAAAGGGAGUACAUACAAACAACCACCCAUGAAAGGAAUCGAUUUGUUCUGCGCUUCACAAGCAUCAACCGCCAUUCUCAUAGGAACUGAUGAAAUCUCUCCUUCAUCGUCUACAACUUCAUCGUCUUCCUCGGCCACAGCCAUAACCUUACUCGCUGGAACCGAAGACGCUGGAGGAGGCAGAGCAAUUGACCGUCACAAUCCCAUUAUUCGCGACGGAGCUAGAAGGAUCGGAAAAUCUCUUACUCCUUGCAUUUCUCAACAAUCUCCUAUUAAUCCAAGACCCUAUAAUCAACUUCAGAAAGGGAGAAAGAAGAGCUCGAAUUUGACUAAUGAGAAGAAGAAGAAGGAGAAGAAGGAGAAGAAUGUUGAAGAUCAUGAUGAGAAGGCAAUUGUUAAGACAAAUAAGUUUAUCAGUCCUCCAACUUCAUCGAGAUAUCUGUUGGAUGAUUCCGGUUUGUUGGAUGAUGGUGUGAUGGAUUUCAACUCUGUUCCGGCGUUGCUUCCGCCGGAGAAGAAGGUGGUGAAACCCGACGAGUUACUUGCAGUAGUUGUACCAAAACUGCCUUCCUCUUCUUCUUCUUCAUCGUCAUCAUCUUCUUCUUCUCCUUCUCGCGCCCCUGACCAGGUCGUUGUCUUGAGGGUUUCACUUCACUGUAGGGGAUGUGUAGGCAAGCUGAAGAAGCAUAUCUCUAGAAUGCAAGGUGUUACCUCUUUUAACAUAGACUUUGCGGCGAAGAAAGUAACUGUGGUAGGGGAUGUGACUCCGAUGGGAAUGGUGGAGAGCAUUGCGAAGGUGAUGAAGAACGCGCAAUUGUGGACUCCGAUGAUGACAACAACGACGGCAGGACCCAUCUUAUAAUUGGAUGUGAAGAAAUAAUAAAUAUCAAUUCUAGAUGGAUUAGCAUAACUUGUUGGUUGUUGUUAAUUAUUGGUAAAUUAUUGUGUUAGGAUUGGAGGAAUGUUUCUUAUUUUUCUUGUUGACUAAAUGUGGAUUAAGAAACUUGGGCAUUUGAUCCAUUUGUCUUUUCCCUUCUAUGUAUUC